AUGACCAAUUUCCCAGAAGAAAAUGGAGAUGGACCCAGCAAUCCAUCCUCGAAGAGACAGAGGGUUUCAACUUCUGGUUCUCCUCAAAACCAAGAAAAUGAAAAUCAACAAACCCAUCAUCAAGAAAAUGGAAAUCAAGAGAGCCAACAACAAGCAAAUGAAAAUCUAGAGACCCAACAUCAAGGAAGCGAAAAUCGGGAGACCCAACAACAUCAAGCAGAUGGAAAUCAAGAAACCCAACAGCAUCAAGGAGGUGAAAAUCAAGAGACCCAGCAACAUCAAGCAAAUGAAAAUCAAGAAACUUCUUCUGAAGAAGAGGAUGAAAAUCAAGAAACUUUUUCUGAAGAAGAGGAUGACGAAGAGGACGACUUAGUCGUUAAAUUAAGCAGUUGUAUUGCUGAUGGUUCCAUGUCAAUGAUCCUGAUGGACCUAGAUUCUCUUGAUUGCACAAUCUGUUGCAAUCCCUUGACUAUACCUGUCUUUCAGUGUGAGAAUGGGCAUACAGCUUGCUCUUCCUGCUGCAGCAAACUUGCGCAUAAAUGUCCUACCUGCUUGUUGCCCAUUGGUGAUAACCGUUGUCGGGCUAUUGAGAAGGUGCUUGAAUCAGUCAGGAUACCAUGCGCAAAUAUGCGGUAUGGAUGUGGAGAGACAAUUACUUACAACAAGAAGUACGAACAUGAUAAGAGUUGCUUCUACAUUCCAUGCUCUUGCCCAAUACAAGGUUGCGACUUUAUCAGCUCUUCCAAGAAGUUAGACCCACAUUUACGCUGUACACAUGUAGGUGAUGUGAUACGCUUUGACUAUGGUGAGGCAUUCCCUUUGCCCUUGACUGUUGGUGAAGAUUUCAUUGUUCUCCAAGAAUUCGAAGUUGGCGUUAUAUUUAUUGUGCACCAUCGAGAACUAAUCAUUGGGAAUAUGGUAACACUUAGUUGUUUAGGGCCGCCCUCGUCCACAGGAGAAUACUUCUACGAACUUUCAACAAAAUCCGAGGGAAAGAGUUUCAGAUUUCAGUCUUAUACCAAGAGUAUUCAGAGCAGGCUCGAUAAGCCUCCUUCAGUGGGCCUCCUUCUUCCCCCAAGUGAGUUUUUUGGUACUUCUAAGAUGAUUUACUUGGAUCUCAUGAUACAGUGUAAGGGUGACUGCCCUUCAAACAUCCAAAGCAGUACCAAUGCUGUUUGA